GGAGUUGGGGCCGCUGUGCUAACGGCGCUCACGUGCGCACUCCUCCUCGACCGUCUCAUGUGCCAAAAGCUUCCCGUCUACAAGGUUUUCCCUCUAAACAUCGAAUGCAAGAGUUUUCUCGACCUCAUCCAUCUGGCGACCUCAGAGCAGAAGAAACAACUGCACUCUCUCGAGGUACUUUUUGGAUAAGUAAUCGAUUUUGUUGAUACGGCUAAUAUUCAAAAUGUUCAUCAAGGUAUUAACCAGAAUUCGAAAAAUAGGGCUGAGGUUUUGGAGAGAAAGCUUGAGCUCUUAGUUUGACAUCAUGCCGAUUAUGCUGAUGAUUGUUAUCAUCAUCUUGACCUUGUACUAUGAAUCUGCAAAUUCUACCUCUACCUAUGUAUACAUAUUAUAAUAAUACUACUGAACAGCUCUAGCUUGAGUGUAUGUUACUAGUACGAGAGGACUACAACGUCGCUCUUGCACUUGCUUCACUACUACACUACAUCUAUCAGAAUUGGCUCUUCGACCAACGAGGAAAAGCAGGAGAGACUCAUUCCUUUCGGGGCCUUUCGCCUGCGGCAACUACAUCUUACGACGAGCGAAACAUAGCGGUAAUUUGCGCAGCUAACGAUCCGGAAAUCGAGAGGAUUCGAAAGCUUGUGGUAGAAGAGGAUAAGAAGCAGGCUAAGGCACAUGAAGAAAAAAGUGCGCAGCUUCUUGACGAUUGGCAGAAGCUUCAGCUCGA